AUGCAGUACAUGACCAUCGUCGCUUUCCUCGCCGCCACCGUGGCCGCUGGUCCUCAGAUCAGGGCGUACCCUUCCAUUGAUCAGAUAACUGUCGCCCAGGCCAACAAUGCUUGCGGAAACAACAUGCAGGUCACUUGCUGCAACAAGGUCACCAACACUCCUGCCGGCAACGCUGUUGGCAACGGUGCUGGUAUCCUUAAUAACCUGAGCCUGUUUGAUCAGUGCUCCAAGCUUGAUGUUAAUGUUCUGGCUAUUGCUAAUGGCCUCCUUAACAAGGAAUGCCAGGCAAACGCCGCCUGUUGUCAGAACAGCGGCGGCAGCGCCACCGGUGGUCUCGUCAACGUCGCCCUUCCUUGCAUUGCUCUCAGCAGCCUUAUCUAA